UGAAGGCUGUAAUGGCGCACCCCGUCCAAGUGCUUUACAGCCUUCAUAGCAGGAAGGGGAAGAGGGCAUUCAUCAAUUUGAAGUUAUGCCGGAUAGUCACAGAUGUCAUCUGUGCGAAAGGGGGGGGCGACCUGACACAAGCACAGGACUUCAUUAAGUGGUUGCCAGGGUCUGUGGACAGCGGUGGUGGCAGGAAGAGGCGUUUCACAGCAACGUUUGCAGCAGAGCAGCUCGAUGAUCCCUCCCUUCAGGGCAGGAAUCAUUGCCUGCCCACUGCUGCCCUCUCCCUGCCCCACCCUUGCCCUCAGGUCCCUGGCAAGUCCACCUUCGGCCCCUCCUGUCCGGCUGCUGCUGCCCCUGCUCCUUCCCCUGCUGCAGCCCCUGCCGCCCCUCAUAUAUUAGCGGUGACUCGGCCGCUGUCAAAGAAGCUGUUCCUGGUCAAGAACAUCGACAUGAGUGCCGCCAUUGACGACAUGGAUGAGAGACCCGAAGCUGUACUGGAGGAGGAUGGGUAUCUGUUCUACUCCCACGCGUGGCUGGCCCUGCGGCUGCCACGGGUACGUUACGGAGGCCGUGUCUGGCUAGGCACAUGGCAGUAA